UUCUCGCUGCUCUCCCUGGGCGUUCCUGCGCUCCCAGCGAGCAGGGUGGACCCUGCCUCGCCUCCUCCCCUCGGGCUCGGGCGGCGCAGGCGCAGCAGACGCGGCCGGGAGGCCGAGAACCAGAGCGGCUCCACCCGCCCAGUCAGCGCCCGGCUGGCUGGUCUGCGGCCACCGGGACGCGUCGGGCAGGGUCGGCGGGCGUCGUCAUCAUGGGCUCGGGCUGGAGCAGCGAGGAGGAGGAGCGGCAGCCGCUGCUGGGGCCGGGGCUCGGGCCUGCGCCGGGGACUGCGCGCAGGGGCCGGGAGGCAGCGGCCGUGCUGCCAGCGGCUGGCCCGGGCCCCGGGCGGGUGUACGGGCGCCGCUGGCUGGUGCUGCUGCUCUUCUCGCUGCUGGCGUUCGCACAGGGCCUGGUCUGGAACACCUGGGGCCCCAUCCAGAACUCGGCGCGUCAGGCCUAUGGCUUCUCCGGCUGGGACAUCGCGCUCCUGGUAUUGUGGGGCCCCAUCGGCUUCCUGCCCUGCUUCGCUUUCAUGUGGCUGCUGGACAAGAGAGGUUUGCGGGUGACCGUGCUUCUGACAUCCUUUCUUGUGGUUUUGGGGACUGGUCUAAGGUGCAUACCUGUAUCAGACUUAACCCUUAGGAGAAGAUUAAUCCAUGGUGGACAGAUAUUAAAUGGACUGGCAGGUCCAACUGUCAUGAAUGCUGCCCCGUUCCUCUCUACAACAUGGUUCUCUGCAGAUGAGCGAGCCACUGCCACAGCAAUUGCAUCAAUGUUGAGUUACCUUGGUGGAGCGUGUGCGUUCCUCGUCGGGCCCCUUGUUGUUCCAGCUCCCAAUGGGACAUCGCCCCUUCUCACCGCGGAGAGUAGCAGGGCUCAUAUCAAAGACCUCAUCGAGACUGUGUUAUAUGCAGAGUUUGGAGUUGUCUGUCUAAUAUUCUCUGCCACCCUUGCUUAUUUUCCACCACGGCCUCCUCUUCCUCCCAGUGUUGCUGCAGCCAGCCAGCGGUUGAGUUACCGGCGCAGCUUUUGUAGGUUACUAAGCAAUUUGCGAUUUUUGAUGAUUGCCUUAGCGUAUGCGAUACCACUUGGUGUGUUUGCUGGCUGGUCGGGAGUUCUGGACUUAAUUUUAACACCAGUACAUGUCAGCCAAGUAGAUGCUGGCUGGAUUGGAUUUUGGUCUAUCGUUGGAGGUUGUGUUGUUGGGAUAGCUAUAGCAAGGUUUGCAGAUUUUAUCCGGGGUAUGCUGAAACUAAUUCUUCUCCUCCUGUUUUCUGGGGCUACACUCUCCUCCACAUGGUUCACCCUGACCUGUCUAAACAGCAUCACCCACUUGCCUUUGACGACAGUGACACUGUACGCCUCCUGCAUCCUCCUGGGAGUGUUCUUGAACAGCAGCGUUCCUAUAUUUUUUGAGCUUUUUGUGGAAACUGUCUACCCCGUUCCAGAAGGAAUUACUUGUGGAGUUGUCACUUUUUUAAGUAAUAUGUUUAUGGGAGUGCUUCUAUUUUUUCUCACAUUUUAUCAUACAGAGUUGUCUUGGUUCAACUGGUGCCUUCCCGGGUCGUGUCUGCUCAGUCUUCUCCUCAUUCUGUGCUUCAGGGAAUCCUAUGACAGACUCUACCUUGAUGUGGUUGUCUCUGUUUAAUGCCACAGACUUGCGGGACUUCAAAGGGACUGCAUGUCGGUGCCACACAUCUGCUUGGAAUUGCACAUCUAAUGGGAGAAAAGGAGAAGAAACUUCUUUGAGAGGUUUUGUUAGGUUCCGGAGUCUCACAGUAAUUUAAUGACUACUAGGUAAUAAUAAUGCAGGACUUGAGUGUCAUGGGGAUUUGAAGACUCUGGACCGCAUACCACACUGGUGACUCUGGACCGCAUACCACACUGGUGGCACACACGUUCUGGACUAAAGAAGAGGUACAUGGGAUGCACUGCCCACACAAGUAACACCCCCCCCCGCCCCCCGUGCACCUUGUGCUAGUGCUGACCUACUGACAAGCUGACUUACGAGAAGGAACCUGGGCAUCGGUCCCGUGAAGAUGACUCCUCCCAGGCACGCGACAGAAGAAUAACAGAAAUGCCACUAACUUCUAAAGAUGUUUGAACCCUGUAUCAGAUUUUAAUUAAAAAAUAGCCGAGCUGUAUACCAGUGAUAGGACUUAGCCACAUGUACACUACGAGUUUUUCUAAUAAAGCCAUUUCUUAUAUGA